UGUGGGGAUUUACACUGGUUCUUAUCUCCCCGUAUCCUUCACCCUUACUCUGAGUUUCUCCAGCAAUUUUGUGUACCUUCACCCUUACUCUGUCUGAUCACCAGGUUGGGGGGAAAUGGUCUCACAGAAUCUUGUGCCGAGGAUCUCGCCACCGCUCUCAAUGCAAGCAUCUUUCUGACCGAGCUCUAUGUUGGAACUAAUAAACUGGGAGACUCUGGAGUAAAAGCUAUGUGUCCGGCUUUGAGCAACCCGGGAUGUAAAAUACAGAAACUUUGGCUGUGGGGGAAUGGUCUCCCAGAUUCUUGCACGGAGGAUCUCGUCGCUGCUCUCAGCGCAAAGUGCUCAGUGACUGACGUGGAACUGGGAUCAAACUCGUUCUCGGAGCGAUCGGUCCCCGCUCUCUGCCGCCUCACACUGGCUCUCCCGAGUCUGCAGUGGAUCGGGUUCUGGGGGAAUCAGUUCAGUUCAAAUGGAGCAAAGCAGCUGCAAGGAUGCAGGCCGAAGCUGACCGUGGCGAUCUGAACAUCAGAAUGAAUUGACCGACAGUCCAAAUGGUGCCAGCACAACAACCUGGCUCUCAACAUCAGUAAGACCAAGGAACUAAUUGUGGACUUUGGGUGGGGAAGGAUGAGGACCCACAAUCCUGUUCACAUCAAUGGAGAUGGUGGAGAGGGGCAAAAACUGCUAGGUGUGCAUAUUCCCGAAGAACCUUCCUGGACCUAGCACACUUGUGCUAUUAUAAAGAAGGCACAUUAGCGACUGCUUCAUGAGAAGAUUACAAAGGUGUCGGAAGAGGUUUCUCCUAAACUUCUACAGGUGCACGGCAGAGAGCAUUCUGACAGGUUGCAUCGUGGCCUGGUUCGGCAACUUGAACGUCCAGGAGCGAAAAGGUCUACAAAAAGUUGUUACCACUGCUCAGUCCAUCACCGGCUUUGCUCCAUCUACCGUCAAAGGAAUCUAUCAUAGUCCCUGCCUCAAAACGGCAGCCAAAAUCAUCAGACCCACACCAUCCUUGCCACACACUCGUUUCAGCAUGGCCAUCAGGAAGAAUUUACAGGAGCCUGAAAACUAACGUCCAGAUUCUUGAACAGCUUCUUCCCUGCAGCCAUCAGGCUGUUAAACACCUCAACA